AUCAGGCCUGUGUCAAAAACAUAACCUAUCUUUAUUCAAAACAAUGCAGAAUGCAUGCAUACACGCACGUGUUUUCCCUUUUCCAAUUUAUUAGAAACUUUUUUUUUUAAUGUGAAACUGUAAAAAUAUCCCAAUAAGCUUAGAAACUUAUCAGUUCAAUUUUUUUUCUGAAUUUUAAAGUGUUUUCGUGUUUUAAUGUUAUUAUUUAUAACAUUAUAAGAUGAGAACGUUAUUCAAUAAUAAUUGACUUUUCAGAAAAGCAAGUUUUUUGGUAAAAAUUUACCAAGAUGGGUGUUUGUUCCACUUGCGGAGGUACGCAAUUCUACACAAAUGAUGGCUUUUAUUUCUGUUCCCGGUGUCAGACUCAGUUGGAGGGUGACCAAGAAUUUAUCUUUGAACAAGGAACUGUUUCCCAGGUGAAGAAAAUUCGUGAUCAAAAGAAGGACACUUCCAAGACAGAAGUCGAACAUCUUACUUCAUGGGAAGUAUACAAUUACACAUUGAAGUUCUUGGUUGAUAGACUGAUUGAGCUUGGAGCCAGUAAAGACCUGAAACGAACAGUGCUUAACUUGUGGGUCACCUAUCUAACACGACUGGAAAUUGCAUCUCGAUCAAACACUAUUCAUGUUAAUCUGGCUACGAAAAAACGCGACAUCAAGGUUUUAGGAGGAAAAAUUGGGAAGAAAUCAGAAAAUAGAAGGAAUAGUUCAUUUUUCGCUUCCAACUACAGUCCGAAAAAAAGAAACCUCAAGAAAAAUCGGUUGAAAAUGCCAGAUGAUACUGUUGGUGAAUUAUCGCACGAAUCAAGCAAAGUGAGAAAGGGUCACUUCACAAAAUUCAAAAGAAAAGUUGCCGUUACUGAGUACUCACAGUCUCAGGAAAUGAUGCAGGAAUCAAGUCAACUCCUUUCUCAAACUCAAACUUUGGAUAGCAUUGGAGACACUACCUCAGAUAACUCUCCUCGAAUACUAAUGAACAAAAAGUCAAGAUUUGAUUGGCAAAUUUUGAGGAAAGUGAUGUCUGGAAGAAAACGUGCAGAAAAAAGGAAAAUCAUGAAGAGGGUUAUUGAUUCGCAAUCAAAAAGCAGCCAGAACGUAACUUUUUCAUCAGUUUGGGCUUUACUACAGCUUGGCAUGAUUCUUUCUUGUCAGAAAGCAACGUUGAAUGACAUCAUCAGAUGGAAUUUAGAAGGUCAUCUAUCUCACAGGCAGGUAAUAGAGCUUCUGCCCUCUGAAAUUCUAGGAGGAUAUUUGAAUGUGCUUCUUCCCAAUCGUAGACUGAAUAGUACAAUGUUGAGGCUCACUAUGGCAAGAAUAGCAAACUACAUUUCUAUCGCUCAGUUUCCUCCACCUGACUUCAAUGAACUGAUUUCCAGAUACAUGACAGAACUCAAUUUACCAGAAAAGUUGAUGAAAAGAGUACGUAUUUUAUUUUCUCUAUGCAAACCAAAAUUGUUCUUCAACAAUAAAGAUUUGGCAUUCCACUGUGAAUCAAUUACCAUGGCAUACAUCAUUGUUGUUCUGAAACUUUUCUUUGGUUUGAAUGGGAGAACAGAAUUCAAUUUAUCAAAACUAUCCAAUCAUCUGAACAGCUUAACGGGUCCAGAAGGAAAGAAAUAUUUUUCAUGGACUGAAUGGACACGCUUUAUCGAGUGUAGGAAGUAUGUGGUUGCUGACUACCACUAUCCAACCAGAAUCACUCAUUUGUCCAAACAAGCAUUUGUUCAAUCGGAUAAAAACUCGUAUUUGAACUAUAUCCGACAAAAGAAGAUUGUCAACUUCAAAAAAACAGGUGAUACAACUGAAUGGGAAAAAUAUGUAACUCAGACGGUGGAAGAAUUGGGUGAUAGUAACAGCAAGCAUUCACCAGAAUUCGCGCCAUCUUUGACUCCUUUGUCAACGUAUGCGAACUCGUUGCUGGACGAUCCCGACUGCCACUUGUCCGCACAAGUCACACAUUUGUUGAGAGACGAUUUCAGUCAACAACAUUUGAUUCUUCCAGACAAGUAUGCUCGUUUGGGUAAGGCGUAUAAAGUGUCAAUCAACGUGAACCGUGCUAGUCUUCGACCAAAAACAAUUUCGAAUUUUGAUUCAAUGAUUGAUGAUCCCAAAUCCUAUUCCUUCGAAAAUCGCAAUGUUGAAGCAUUGAUUAUUGAUGAUCGAGAGUCAAAUCUCGUUCACGAAUCCUUUGGAGACAAAACGAUGAUUACACCGGAAAAAAGAUGUGCCGCGUCACCCAGAACACCCAAAAGUUCACUUUCCAAAAAACGUAAGCGACGAUCGUCUUUUUCCAUGCAUGAAAUCGACGUUUCGAAAAUAGCCGAAAAUCUUCUGAAGAAGAGAUUGAGUGAAGUUUCCAUGAACAGAAAUGGCAUUGAUGCGAUGUUUAGCUGCGCUAACAAUUCCGAUGAGAACUCAAAAAAUGUGUCAUUCACUGUGGAUAAUCCCUAUGCCCAUUAUUGGGUGAUACAUUUCAAAGACUCCAUCACGAAAGAAGACUUUGGAAAUCUUUCGAAACGGCUAUUUCCAGUCACAUUCUACUGGCUUAUACACGAAUGCUCCAAUAUGAUCAAUGUGAGUGCAAUCGACUUAUACUCCUAUAUUUUGAAGGUUGAGAAAAAUGCACACUCCCUUCUGAAUCUAGCAAAAUAAUAGUUGAAUGUUCAUUCAUAUUCAUAAUUUUGUAGUAAAAAUUGAGAAUUUGUUGUGAUAAUAUUAAUAUAAUUUAUAAGCUAA